GGUAGCCUUCUCCAAGUGCGCAUGCGCGGGAUGAACGCCAAACAAACAAUGCGUAAAUUCAAAACUCAACUUUUAUCAACAAAAAGCCAAAUUGUUAUAUACUUUAAAUCGCUUUCUACCCAAGUGUUAGAUCCCCGAGACAGAAACGCAGACAGAUGAUCAAAUUAUGUGAUAAAAUAUAACUAUAGCAAAACGUGUCUGCGAGAAGAUCUGCUGAUGGUUGCCAGUCAUGUUGUUCAUUUUCCAACAGAUGUCGCCCUAUGUUUUUCCAGCUAACCUACAAAGUCAGCAGUGUGGCUAUUGAGCCAUCCAACAGAGGAUAUGGGCACAAUGACAUUCUUGUUCACACUGAGACAUGAUUGGCCAAGGCAAAGGUUUUACACCAAAGAUUGCAGUCAACAUUUAAGGGGGGGCCUUCACGGAUAAAAAGGCUAAAUCCAGCUUGGUCAGAGGAGUCCAGUUCACCAGUGACCAGCAAGUAGCUUUGAGAGGUUCAGCAACAAGGAACAACUAUGGUUAGCAGAUUUGAGCAUCCAGCUGGAGGCUACAGGAAGAUCUUCGAAACAUGUGAGGAGUUGUCUGAACCACUUCCAGCUACUGUCACUGGUAGGAUUCCCUCAUUUCUGAAGGGAAGUCUCCUGCGUCUGGGGCCUGGGUUGUUUGAAGUUGGAGAUGAGCCCUUCUACCAUCUUUUCGAUGGACAGGCUCUCAUGCACAAAUUUGACUUCAAGAAUGGCCAGGUCACUUAUUACAGAAAGUAUGUGAAAACAGAUGCCUACGUGAGAGCCAUUACUGAAAAGCGUGUGGUGAUUACUGAGUUCGGGACCUUUGCUUACCCAGAUCCCUGCAAAAAUAUUUUCUCCAGGUUUUUCUCGUACUUCAAGGGUGUGGAGGUGACAGACAACUGCCUGGUGAACGUUUACCCCAUAGGAGAGGACUACUAUGCGGUCACAGAAACCAACUACAUCACCAAGGUCAACACGGAGAAUCUGGAGACACUCAAGAAGGUUGAUAUGUGCAACUACGUCAACAUCAAUGGAGUGACUGCCCAUCCUCACAUCGAGAGAGAUGGUACUGUCUGGAACAUUGGAAACUGCAUGGGGAAAGGAGCCACGCUGGCCUACAACAUUGUCAGGAUCCCACCAACACAGAAAGAUAAGUCUGAUCCAAUUGAGAAAUCCAAGGUGUGGGUGCAAUUCCCCAGUCAUGAGCGAUUCAAGCCUUCCUAUGUCCACAGCUUUGGCAUGUCAGACAACUACUUUGUGUUUGUGGAGACUCCAGUCAAAAUCAACCUGCUGAAGUUCCUGAGCGCGUGGAGCAUCCGAGGGUCCAACUACAUGGACUGCUUUGAGUCCAAUGAAAGCCAAGGAACACUGUUCCACAUCGCCAGAAAAGAGCCAGCGGAGUACAUAGAUCUGAAGUUCAAAGGAGCCCCCAUUGGCAUGUUCCACCACAUCAACACCUAUGAGGAUCAGGGCUUUAUCGUGGUUGAUCUUUGUGCCUGGAAAGGCUUUGAGUUUGUUUACAACUACCUAUGGCUGGCCAAUCUGAGAGCCAAUUGGGACGAGGUGAAGAAGGCGGCCAUGAUGGCACCUCAGCCUGAAGUGCGUCGAUAUGUGAUUCCACUGGAUGUGCACAAGGAAGAACAAGGAAAGAACUUGGUGAGCCUCCCUUACACCACAGCCACGGCCGUCAUGCACGCUGAUGGAAUGAUCUGGUUGGAGCCUGAGGUCCUGUUCUCUGGCCCACGUCAGGCAUUUGAGUUCCCUCAGAUCAACUAUGGGAGGUUUGCAGGAAAGAACUACACAUACGCUUAUGGUCUGGGUCUCAACCACUUUGUACCAGACAGAAUUGUCAAGCUGAAUGUGAAGACCAAGGAGACCUGGGUUUGGCAAGAGCCCGACUCCUACCCCUCAGAGCCCCUAUUUGUUCAGACCCCUGAAGGAGUGGAUGAGGAUGACGGAGUACUGCUGACCAUUGUGGUGAACCCAGGCGCUCAGAGGCCUGGGUACCUCCUGAUCCUCAACGCCAAGGACCUGUCUGAGAUCGCCAGGGCUGAGGUGGAGUGUACCUUCCCUGUCACCUUCCACGGGAUGUACAAACCCUGAAAUGCCCCAUGUCUAAUGUAUUCAAUCGAGCCAGUGGUCUUGAAAUAAAGAUGAUAAAUGUAUGGUCAUGUCAGGAUACAUGAUUUUAUAUUGUUAUUUGCAUGCUCUGUAAAUGUCUCAAGGUAGGAACAAUAAACUGAGU